AUGUUAUCACUUGUAUCAAGAAACAUCGUGCGAUCCAGCCAUGUACUCAGAAGUGGAAGCUUGACUGCUUCGGCCUCUGCUGCCCUUCUUACAUCUCGUCCAUCAUUCAUGAGAUCAUACCAUACAGACAACUUGAUGCACAUCCUCGAUGGAUCUGUUGACAGGAACUCAGUGGAGUACAAGGAGAACCUUCAGAGAAUGACUCAGAGCGUCGAGCAACUCAACAAUGUCAUUGACAAGAUUAAGCAGGGUGGAGGCGCCAAGCUCAACGAGCGUCAUGUAUCCAGAGGCAAGCUCUUGGCACGUCAGCGUAUCGAUGCUUUAGUCGACCCAGGUUCACCAUUCUUGGAGUUCUCACAGUUGGCUGGAUUCGAGAUGUACGGAAAGGAUGAUGUACCAGCUGGUGGAAUCAUCACUGGUAUUGGUAGAGUACAGGGUAUUGAGUGUGUAAUUGUUGCAAAUGACUCCACUGUUAAGGGUGGCACUUACUUCCCAAUCACCGUGAAGAAGCAUCUCCGUGCUCAGGAGAUCGCCCAAGAGAACAACCUGCCAUGUAUCUACUUGGUUGACUCUGGUGGUGCCAACCUCCCCCGUCAGGCUGAUGUGUUCCCCGAUCGUGAUCACUUUGGUCGUAUCUUCUACAACCAGGCCAACAUGUCCUCCAAGCGUAUCCCACAGAUUGCCGUCGUCAUGGGCUCUUGCACAGCUGGUGGCGCCUACGUGCCAGCCAUGGCCGACGAGUCAGUCAUCGUCAAGGGCACAGGUACCAUCUUCUUGGGUGGUCCACCCUUGGUCAAGGCUGCCACUGGUGAGAUUGUCACUGCUGAGGAGUUGGGAGGUGCCGACCUUCAUUGCCGCACUUCUGGUGUAACCGAUCACUAUGCCCGCAAUGAUGAGGAGGCUCUUGCCAUCACUCGUCGCAUUGUCGCCAAUCUGAACCGCAAGAAGAACCCAUCAGUCGUCAUCCACACACCAGAGGAGCCACUUUACCCAGCCAGCGAACUGUCGGGUAUCGUGCCAAGCGACCUGCGCAAGAAUGUUGAUGUACGCAAGGUCAUUGCUAGAAUCGUCGAUGGCAGUCGCUUCGAUGAGUUCAAGGAGCUGUACGGCACCACCCUGGUCACCGGUUUUGCCAAGAUCCACGGCAUGCCAGUGGGUAUCGUCGCCAACAAUGGUAUCCUCUUCUCUGAGUCGGCCGUCAAGGGCGCUCAUUUCAUCGAGCUGUGCAACCAGCGUGGCAUCCCAUUGCUCUUCCUGCAGAACAUCACUGGUUUCAUGGUUGGCAAGUCUUACGAGGCUCGUGGUAUUGCCAAGGAUGGCGCAAAGAUGGUCAUGGCCGUGGCCACCUGCCGUGUGCCAAAGAUCACUGUGAUCAUUGGUGGCAGUUUCGGUGCCGGUAACUACGGUAUGUGUGGCCGUUCGUACAGCCCACGUUUCAUGUACAUGUGGCCCAACGCACGUAUCAGUGUCAUGGGUGGUGAGCAGGCCGCAUCCGUGUUGGCCCAGAUUCAGCGCGACAACAUGGCCAAGGAGGGCAAGACCUGGCCUGCUGAGGAGGAGGCUGCAUUCAAGAAGCCAAUUUCAGACAAGUACGAGGUUGAGGGUUCACCAUACUACUCAUCGGCUCGCUGCUGGGAUGACGGAGUCAUCAACCCAGCCGACACUCGUCAAGUGAUCGCACUCAGUCUUAGCGCCUGUAUGAACCAGCCCAUCAACCCACCAUCAGACGGCUUUGGUGUGUUCCGUAUGUAA